AGAAUCAUAACAAUGUCCCAAGCUCACGUUACUGAUUUUUUCUCCACAAGAAAGAAGACGAAUGGGGGAAAUCCUUCGAAAAGAAGGAAACUUGGUGAAACUAAUGAAGUUGUGAACGUUUUUAGUGUACAAGAAACAAACAAAACACCACAACAUACAGUGAAUAACAACGUAAACGUCGAGGACACACGACCUGAAAAUGCUGUAUUGCAAACGUUACCUGAGGCAAAAUCUGCAUCAAGAACAAACAGAUCCACAAAGAAAAGGCUUCCAAAAUCAGUAGCAAGUAAAAAUCAACCCUUGUUGAAAGAUUUGUUUAAUCAUCAGUCUGAUAAGGAUGGAUAUCGUCAGGUCAUGGAAGAAGUUACCUCGGCAUGGGAUGAACAUGACGGACCCUUAUUAACCCCUAGUAAAAGGAACAAAGAACAGAAUGACUCGGACACUGAAAUGGCUCAAGGAUCGAAAAAAAGAUCAAGAUGUGGUGCAAAGAAGAUAGAAGUUGAAGAAACACCAGAGAAAUGCCUUGAAGAUAAUCCGAGAACAGAGGUUAAAGCAAGAAAACAGUUGAUUCUUAAACAGGUUGCUGACAAUAUAUCUGAAGAACAGACUCCCAUAAUUAACAAACCAGAAACUUCUACUUUUAAAAAUAUUCCUAUGUCACCAAGGUUAAAGAAAACUAUUGAGAAGGUUAAGCAGCUGGGUAGUAUUGAAAAGAAGUUUACAGCAGACAAUGUAAAAGACAAGCUAAAGAAAUGUGGACGCCUGGAAGAGAUCAAGGCACAGCUUUCACAAAUGAGUAAAAACUUGAAAGACCUGAAAAAGACCCCAGUAGAAAGUCCAAAGCUUGGAAAGUUUGAAACAGUUACAAUAGAAUCACCAGUGAAGGAAAUUAUAAAACCAAAAGAAGCUUCACCUCUCAAACAGAAAGCACCUGCUUAUGAAAGAUUCCAUUCUUUGGCAACACCAGCCCCGCCCACUUUGUCACUUCCUUACAAGUACAAACUACUGGCAGAGAUGUUCAGGAACUGUGAUACAGUUGUUAGUAUGUUACACAACAGAGCUGAAGUAUGUACGUUCUCCAAACUAAAGGCAGCAGUUCAGGAUAUGGGUAAAAGAAACUUUGAGAAGAAGAAUUUAGGACAGAUCAAAGCAGUUGACCCUACAGUCUAUACUCUUCGUCAGGAGAAAGGAUUUGCUGCUUUUGGUAACAAGAAAACUGGAUAUCAGCUCACAGUAGAAGCUAAUUUACCACAAGAAAAUAAGACUGUUCCUGUCAGCUAUAAAACUAGACAGACCUUCACUGCUAAACACUUGCUGGAAAGAAGAUCAGUGUUCACCAAUAAAUUGAUAUCCAUUGUUAAAAGACAACACAAGGAAUUCCUGUCAAAGUUGGACCGACCACUAAAUGUCCCAGAUGAUAAGAUUACUAGAUGGCAUCCCAAGUUCCGAUUAGAUGAAGUCGCUGAUAUUGAACCAUCAGAACUUCCAACACCACCCAAUGUAGAAGUGUAUCAAACAGCUAAAGAUGUUUUGGAGAAUGCUAGAGGAAAAGUUUUACCAAAUGUAGAGAAAGCAUUAGAGAAUGUUUCAAAUAACAAAAGAGAAACUCCUGCUGUUUCUACGGAUAAACCUAAAGACGAGCGUGAUGAAAUGAGAGGAGUUCCACAGACUCUACUAGACAAGAUCAGAGCAAAAGAAGCCAAGAAGAUUGAAGCAGCAAUGAUGAGGAAUCCUGUAGAAGACAAGAGACAGAAGAUGUUACAGAAAUUACCAGAAAUGAUGAGAAUUCUGCGAGGUCAUUUUGUAACAGAAAAGAAGCCAGCCUUGCUUAAAGCUGAUAUAGUCACUAAACUGGUUGAUAGCUGUAGAUCGGCUAUUGCUGUUGGUGAUGUAGAAGCCCAUUUAAGUUUAAUGAUUGAAGUGUUACCACAAUGGUUAAAGCAGGUGGAAAUAAAGAAAGGAAAGUACAUCAAAAUGGACAGGAAUCUGGAGUUACAAACACUCAUAGCUCAAGUCAAUAAAUCUAUACAGAGUUGAUGAAGGCAUUUUAACUUUUUAGUGCAAUUGUAAAUAUUUUUUUAUGUUGUAUGUAAUUAACAUUUAUGCUUAGCAAUGUAAGAUGAUUCAUCAUUAUUUUUUGUGCUUUUUUACUUUAAAAAGAUAUACAUGUAUUACUAGAAAUACCAUAAUGUACUUCACAUGUAAGUACCAAAAAUGUUACAUGUUAUUGAAAUCAUUGAGGAGCAGAUUUUUUUACUAUCUGUUUGGUAAUUUCUUUCUAAAUAUUUUACUAUUUGACAUUUUUAGAUAUAGCUGUAACAAACUAAGAAUAAAUAUACGAUAAAAGUAGAAGCAGAAAUCAUGUAUAUUGAUACUAUAAUUUUUUGUCAAAACAUGAUGAGUUUUUGUUUGAGAAAAAUUUCCAUUUCGUUUGAAACAUUUUAUUUUAUUGAACAUUCUAAAUUUGACACUGAAACUUUGCAUGCAUAGGCAGAUUCAGAGAUUCAAGGAUCUUAAAUAGCUAAAACAGUAGAUAUGUUUUUCUCAGGUUACAGAUUUGAUUCAGGUAUUUAUAUAUAUUGCACUAUCAUAACAGUGAUUAUAUAUAUAUGAUAUAUGAAUUAAAAAUAGUAGUACCCCAUGUGUGUUUGUGAUAGAAUAAAUUGAAAUAGGGCUAAAGGACAAUUACCUUUAUUUUUAUUUAAAUUUUUAAUUGCAUGAAUGAUGGAAACAUAUUUUUAUGCCUUGCAAGAUCUAAAGUAAUUAUUUGUUAUGUUUUAUAGACCACAACAUUUUAAUAACUUUCAUAUCUUGAUCCACAAAUUUAUUUUGAAAUUAGGAUACAAUCAGGUUCAGAGAAAUUUUUAUAUAUAAUAUCGUAAAAAUGUAGAUUUUAUUUUGCAUGCUGUAGAUGAUUUACAUUUAUUUUGUAUAAAGUAGAAAGAAGGGAUUUUUUUUUAAUGCAAUCUAUAAACAAUUUCCUAGUUGUACCUUUUUGAGAUAUUACUUAGCAAAAAGUAUUAUUCAAAUUAAGUUUUUGCGAUUGUAUAAUAUUUUUCUGUUAUUGUCAAACAAAGUGACCAAACACAUGUAAUUCUCUUAUUGUGAUGUUUAGAUUUCUUUUGAGAGUAGAAUAAAAUUUAUGGGUAUAGGAAAACUUUAUAUAAAAACAUAACUUUUUGUUUGCUAGAGAUGUAUUGCAUUUAUUUUGUAUAACUUGUGAUGGAAAAUGAUAACGCAUUGCAAAUAUAAGUUGUUAAAUAAAUUUGUUGAUUUAA